AUGGGAGAGGGCGGGGACGAUACAGGCAUGGUCAUGAUGGGCGGCAGCGUCAACAUGGACGACCCCUGCUACACCACGCCCUCCGCCGACAGCUGCUUCUCCUUCAACCGCUCCGAUGCGGACUGGACGGAUGACCUCACGCAGCUCUGCAGCGCCAUGCCCUUCAUGAUUGGGUGCUCCCUUUGGGGGCAGUGCCAGAAUGGCACCGCCAGCGGCACCUACUGUGUACUGCCUUCACUCGUUGGGGACGUCUGCAUCGACAUGCCUCGGAUGAAGGGGUGCGAGGCGUACAACGCGCUGUGCGGCGGCAACGCCACCGCCGUGGAGCAGUGCAUGAGCCCGGGCCCAAUCCCCGACGUGCUGACCACUUUCACGGCCAAGGAGGGUCUCGAGAGCCUCUGUGACACCCACUGCAUGGCUGGAUGCGGGGCGUGUGGCUCGAGCGGGGACUGGACCACCUGCACCGACCCACUCAUGGUGCUGGCUAGGAUGUGCUUCGAGAUGGAGAUGAUGCCCGAGUGCGGCGCCACCGGCUUCACCACCAUGUGCGAGGACGAAGAGGUGAAGGCCACCUUCCCCCUAGUGUGCGAGGAGCCGCCCGCCCCCGUGGACGACUGCGCUUGA